GGCCGCGCCCCCCGACCCUGCAGUGCUUCUGCCCCUACAAGGUUUGGGACGCAGUGGGGGAGGGUCUUGGCCCCCGGCUCCGCCCGGUCCCUCCCCGCCUUUUAGGCGCCCGCGCGGCAGGGACAUCCCAGUCCCGCUUGGUGCUCCUCGCCCGCCACCCGUGCGCCCAGUCCGCGAGGCCAGCCCAGUUCUCCCGGUCCUCACUGCCCGCCGGCCGGCCCGUCCCCCACUGCAACCAUGGACGCCAUCAAGAAGAAGAUGCAGAUGUUAAAGCUGGACAAGGAGAAUGCCAUCGACCGCGCAGAGCAGGCCGAGGCCGACAAGAAGCAAGCUGAGGACCGCUGCAAGCAGCUGGAAGAGGAGCAGCAGGCCCUCCAGAAAAAGCUCAAAGGGACAGAGGACGAGGUGGAAAAGUAUUCUGAGUCAGUGAAGGAUGCCCAGGAGAAGCUGGAGCAGGCUGAGAAGAAAGCCACUGACGCUGAGGCAGAUGUGGCCUCCCUGAACCGCCGCAUUCAGCUGGUAGAGGAGGAGCUGGACCGGGCGCAGGAGCGUCUGGCUACAGCCCUGCAGAAGCUGGAGGAGGCCGAGAAGGCAGCUGAUGAGAGCGAGAGAGGAAUGAAGGUCAUUGAAAACCGAGCUAUGAAGGAUGAGGAGAAGAUGGAACUGCAGGAGAUGCAGCUGAAGGAGGCCAAGCACAUCGCCGAGGAUUCGGACCGCAAAUAUGAGGAGGUGGCCAGGAAGCUGGUGAUCCUGGAAGGAGAGCUGGAGCGCUCUGAAGAGAGAGCUGAGGUGGCUGAGAGCCGAGCCAGGCAGCUGGAGGAGGAGCUUCGAACCAUGGAUCAGGCCCUCAAGUCCCUGAUGGCCUCAGAGGAGGAGUAUUCCACCAAAGAAGAUAAAUAUGAAGAGGAGAUCAAACUGCUGGAGGAGAAGCUAAAGGAGGCUGAGACCCGAGCGGAGUUUGCCGAAAGGUCGGUGGCCAAGUUGGAGAAAACCAUCGAUGACCUGGAAGAUGAAGUCUAUGCACAGAAGAUGAAGUACAAGGCCAUCAGUGAGGAGCUGGACAACGCGCUCAAUGACAUCACCUCCCUCUGAGCCUCUCACCAGUGCCGCCCUCGGCCCCCUCUCUUCUCCUUUCCAUUCUCUCUCUGGGAAGCAGGGCCAGCAGGAGGAGCAGAAAUUGCCAACACCGCACAGCCAGGCUGGGUGCAGCCUAGGAGAGCCCCCGCCACAUCCGCUGCCCAUCCUGGCACUUGCUUCAUCCUUCUAUGUCCAUCCACUCCUCCCUCUCCCCGCCGGCCUCCACCGCUCUCUGCUGCUUAAUAAACUCCAUUUGGUCUCCACGCUGUUUUCCUGCCCUCUAAA